UAUUAUUUCAUUACAUAAAAAGAGUGAAAAAAUGAAAAUGGAGUGGAGUGGUGUUUUGGUAGUUUUGUGUGUUGUUUUUUCAGUUUGUAUAGCAGAAGAGAAUGAAUAUGUGUUAACAUUAGACCAUACAAAUUUCACUGACACCAUCACCAAACACAACUUUAUUGUUGUUGAAUUUUAUGCACCAUGGUGUGGACACUGCAAGAAACUUGCUCCUGAGUAUGAAAAAGCUGCUUCAAUUUUGAGUAGUCAUGAUCCUCCAAUUGUUCUAGCUAAACUUGAUGCAAGUGAUGAUUCAAGUAAAGAACUUGCUAUAAAGUAUGAGCUUCGAGGCUUCCCAACUAUUAAGAUCUUGAGAGACGGAGGAAAAGACGUUCAAGAAUACAAAGGUCCUCGCGAUGCAGAUGGUAUCGUUGCUUAUUUGAAGAAACAAUCUGGUCCUGCAUCAGUUGAAAUCAAGUCGAAAGAAGAUGUUUCUAGUCUUAUCGAUGAGAAAAAGAUCAAUGUUGUUGGUGUAUUUCCUGAACUAUCCAGGGAGGAAUUUGAGAAGUUUAUAACAUUAGCUGAGAAACUACGAGCUGAUUAUGAUUUUGCUUACACCGUUGAUGCUAAACUACUCCCUCGGGGUGAGCCAGUUGAUAAGCCAACUAUUCGUCUCCUUAAGCCAUUCGAUGAGCUUUUUGUUGAUUUUGAGGAUUUUGAUGUUGAUGCAGCAGAGAAGUUCAUUGCAGAAGCUACUGUUCCUAUUGUCACUAUUUUCGAUCAAGAACCAGAAAACCAAGUUUAUGUUAGCAAAUUCUUUAAAACUCCCAAUGCAAAGGUGUUGCUUUUCGUGAACUUUAGCACUGAGCUCGAUGCUUUUCAGUCCAAGUAUAAGGAUGUCGCUGUGUCUUACAAGGGGGACGGAUUGAGCUUUCUGUUGGGAGAUGUUGAGGCUGGUGCAGCUGCUUUCAAAUACUUUGGAUUGGAGCCCAAACAGGCACCUCUGAUCAUUAUAAUGGUCAAUGAAGGCGAAAAGUAUAUCAGUACACAUGUACAACCUGAUGUUCUUGCUUCAUGGUUGAAGGAUUACAAGGAUGGUAAAUUGAAGCAAUUUUUUAAAUCAGAACCGAUCCCUGAGGUCAACAACGAGCCAGUGAAGGUGGUUGUUAGGGAUACCCUCCGAGACUUGGUUCUCAACUCGGGCAAAAAUGUACUGCUAGAGUUCUAUGCACCUUGGUGUGGCCACUGCAAGGCACUAGCUCCAAUCUUGGAUGAAGUAGCUUUGUCAUUCGAAAAAGAUUCUGAUGUUCUGAUUGCAAAACUUGAUGCAACUGCAAAUGACAUUCCAAAAGGUGAAUUUGACAUUAAAGGAUUCCCAACUUUGUACUUCAAAUCUGCUUCUGGUAAUAUAUCCCAGUAUGAAGGUGAUAGAACAAAAGAAGCCAUCAUCGAGUUUAUUGAAAAGAAUCGCGAUAAGCCUGCUGCUCAUGACUCAGAAUCUGUCAAAGCUGAUUCCACUAAACCAGAAUCAGUAACAACAGAUUCAGCAAAAGAUGAGCUAUAAGU